GUAGAUAGCUGGUCCUGGAGAAGCUGCUGGUGAGAAGUGGCAAUACAGGCAGCCGUUCAGGAGCGAAAGCCUGCAGGCAAAGGACACAGCACUGAGUGCAAACAGAAGCAAGCUUCAGGCCUCUUUCAGCUGUGAUUGCACAACCAUAGACUCCAGGGAGGAGGGGAAACUUUCAUUGAAAUAAGAAUCAAGAUCCUUGGAGCUCUGAGGACUCUACUCCUCACACCCUGUAACACAUGGAAAAUAAAUCCUUCAGAAACCCAAGCUGGGCCACCAGGAUAGUGAGAGUUCUCAGGCUUUCUCUAGUCUUCAUUACAAUUGUCUUCACACGCACAUCGGACUUGACCUUUGGGGUGCUGCUGAGUCGCAGGAGUUAAAGGAACAACCCCUCCUACCUGGCCUGCAGGGCGGUAGCUUCCAAGGCCACUGCAAACAUGUAUCUGUGUGAACUUGAUCCAGAAACAGCCAGGCAGGGGACAAAGUUUAAUCCGAGGGAAUAGUUGGCCGCCUGUAGUUUCAGGCGGUCUGUCCAGACUUCAGCAUGCGGUUUUGGAGUCCUCUCUUGCAUCAAACCUGUGUCGCCGUAAUCCUCUGACCGUCAUCUCGGGACCUGGGUCACCCUCAUGGCACAAUGGCCAACCCUCAGGAGCACCUGAGCUGCUCCUCUUUGCCACACUUGCCCUUGACUGAGAACAAAAUCUCUGGUGGACGAAAUGAGCUUGCGGCUAUGGGGAACCACCCUUCCCCCAAGCUCCCUGAGGACUCGCAGGAGAGGGCGGUGGCUGUACAGUCAGAGCUGACGGAGAUCACGGGCAGCCCGGUCUCCACGACAGUGCUGACCAGUGUAAGCGAGGAUUCCAGGAGCCAGUUUGAGAACAGUGUCCUUCAGCUAAGGGAACAGGACGAGUCAGAGGUGACCGUGUCUCCAGGGAACAGCAACACCGUGGAUGGAGAGAACACGAACGGACCGGAAGACAUCAAGAUCCAGUUCAGCAGGUCAGGCAGCGGCAGCGGCGGGUUUCUCGAAGGACUCUUUGGUUGCCUCAGGCCCGUGUGGAACAUCAUCGGGAAGGCGUACUCCACGGAUUACAAACUGCAGCAGCAAGACACUUGGGAAGUGCCGUUUGAGGAAAUCUCAGAGCUGCAGUGGCUGGGUAGUGGAGCCCAAGGAGCCGUCUUCCUGGGCAAAUUCCGAGCAGAGGAGGUGGCCAUCAAGAAGGUGAGAGAACAGAAUGAGACGGACAUCAAGCAUCUGAGGAAGCUGAAGCACCCUAACAUCAUCGCCUUCAAGGGUGUUUGCACUCAGGCACCGUGCUACUGCAUCAUCAUGGAGUACUGUGCCCACGGACAGCUGUACGAGGUCCUGAGGGCCGGCAGGAAGAUCACGCCCCGGCUGCUCGUGGACUGGUCCACAGGGAUCGCCAGUGGGAUGAAUUACCUCCAUCUCCAUAAGAUUAUACAUCGAGAUCUCAAGUCGCCCAAUGUUCUAGUGACUCACACAGAUGCAGUGAAAAUUUCAGACUUUGGCACAUCUAAGGAGCUCAGUGAUAAAAGCACCAAAAUGUCCUUUGCUGGCACCGUUGCGUGGAUGGCACCUGAGGUGAUCCGGAACGAGCCUGUCUCCGAGAAGGUUGACAUAUGGUCGUUUGGAGUCGUGCUUUGGGAGCUGCUGACAGGGGAGAUCCCCUACAAGGACGUGGACUCGUCGGCCAUCAUUUGGGGUGUUGGCAGCAAUAGCUUGCACCUCCCGGUUCCUUCCACUUGCCCAGACGGAUUCAAAAUCCUUAUGAAACAGACGUGGCAGAGUAAGCCUCGAAACCGGCCUUCCUUCCGGCAGACACUCAUGCAUCUGGACAUCGCCUCUGCAGAUGUGCUUGCCACCCCUCAAGAAACGUACUUCAAGUCUCAGGCUGAAUGGAGAGAAGAAGUGAAAAAACAUUUCGAGAAAAUCAAAAGUGAAGGGACCUGUAUCCAUCGCUUAGAUGAAGAACUGAUUCGUCGCCGCAGGGAGGAGCUCAGGCAUGCCCUGGAUAUUCGAGAGCACUAUGAGCGGAAGCUCGAGCGGGCUAACAAUCUGUACAUGGAGCUGAGCGCCAUCAUGCUGCAGCUGGAGAUGCGGGAGAAGGAGCUCCUCAAGCGAGAGCAAGCAGUGGAAAAGAAGUAUCCUGGGACCUACAAGCGACACCCUGUCCGUCCAAUCAUCCACCCCAAUGCCAUGGAGAAGCUCAUGAAAAGGAAGGUUGUGUCUCACAAGGCUGGCGUACAGACUAAGCGGCCAGACCUGUUGCGAUCCGAAGGCAUCCCUAGUACAGAAGCAGUUCCCACUGCAUCCCCUCUGUCUGGAAGUCCCAAAAUGUCCACCGGAAGCAGUAGGAGCCGGUACCGAAGCAAACCACGUCACCGCCGAGGGAACAGUAGAGGCAGCCAUAGUGACUUCGCAGCAAUCUUGAAAACCCAGCCUGCCCAGGAAAAUUCACCCCACCCCACCUACCUACAGCACACUCAGGCUCAGUGCCCUUCUGCCUAUCAACAUAAUCUUCCCCAGCAGCAAGCCCCUCCUCCCCUGCCUCAGAGCCGCCAUCCCAGACUCAAUGCGCAUGGGCAGGACAUUGCCACCUGCGCCAAUAACCUGAGGUACUUCGGCCCAGCAGCAGCCCUGCGGAGUCCACUCAGCAACCACGCUCAAAGACAGAUGCCUGGCUCUAGCCCCGACCUCAUCUCCACAGCCAUGGCAGCAGACUGCUGGAGAAAUUCUGAACUUGACCAAGACCAAGUCGGACCCUGGGGCUGUUGUCAGGCUGAACCCUAUGAUCCCUGUUUCCAGUGCAGGCCAGAACAUUCUGGGUCCUUAGAUGUUCCCACCACUGAGCCAGUGGGGAGGAGCCCAGACCCUUCCAGUUCACCAGCACACAAUCCUCUUUCAGGAAAUGCCCAAGGCUCUGAGAGAACGGAGGCAAAUGGAUUCAGUGGCUGUCAGUCUGGUAUUUCUCAUCAGUUCACACCCCCAGUGCUACCUCAAAAGCCACGGCCCCUUCAGAAGAGUGGAGAUGACUCCUCGGAAGAGGAAGGAGAAGUGGACAGUGAAGUAGAAUUUCCUCGACGACAGAGGCCUCACCGCUGCAUUAGUAGUUACCAGUCGUACUCAACCUUUAGCUCCGAGAACUUCUCUGUGUCUGAUGGAGAGGAGGGUAACACUAGCGACCACUCCAACAGUCCGGAUGAGUCGGCCAACAGACGGCAGGACCGCCUGGCAGAGACGCUGGACGACCUGCUGUCCCAGACACCAGAGGCCCCCAUCGAGAUCUCCUCCCACUCAGACGGGCUGUCUGACAAGGAGUGUGCCGUGCGGCGUGUGAAGACACAGAUGUCCCUUGGCAAGCUGUGUGCUGAGGAGCGCGGCUACGAGAACCCUGUGCAGUUUGCAGACUCGGACCGAGACUCUUCAGAGGGGGACUGCUCUGAUGCCACAGUUCGGACCAGCAAGAACUACAGCUCUGCCACCUGGUGACCACGGCUCACUCGGCUCCAGCAAUAGACCCCUCCCUCGUUCAUCCGUCUGGGAGGCGUGGCAGGAACAUGAAACUCAUCUAACCUCUGGGAAAACACCCAGAGGACACUGCGUCUCACGGAGCAUUUCAAUCAAGAAUGGCAGGGAUCUAUUGUACUGAGUACGCCAACUACUGUAACAUUGAUAUUUAUUUUUGUUGGACAUUUUAACACUUUGUAUUGUAAAGAGUGAACUAUAUAUGAUACAGACACAAUAAUUUCUUUACAAAAAAAAAAAAUAAGGAAAUGUUGCUCCUAAGAGCAACUUGUGGGGCCAGGUGUCACUGUCACUUGAACAUGGGACCGGAUCCUUCAUCCAUGCUUGAAAAGCUGUAAGGAGACAUGUUGAACGUUGAAGACACAAGCCAAAGGGAACACAGCCACACUAAGUUCAGCCGGCUUGUCCGUGUGAAGGAUGGAAAGACCUGGAAGUUGAGCGGUCUCACAGCACCAAUGCCUUGGAGGGCACGUGCUUCUUCCCCUAGCAGGAAGAAGCACACAGAGCUACAGCUGCACAUCUGGAAGCCAUUUUGUUUCUUGAACGUUAAGCAGAACCUGGUAGUAAGAGCUUCAUCAGCAUCAAGUCCCACCCUUAGCACAUGCUUCCCCUUCAAUGCCACCAUUUUCACGCCCCCGGCCAGAGUGGUCUUCCAGACGCAGUGCCAUUUCUCCUAGGUAGCUUCCUUUCUUUCCACCUGUUAGCCACUUCUUUUAGGAAGGGGAAAGGGUCCUGAGGGGCACAAAGGGGUAAGAUGAGAAGAGCAUCAGUGACAUUAGAAAAACAAGCCUGUAAACACCCUUCUCAAGAUGGCUCUGUUCAGCUAACUAAGCAAGACGGUGUGACCCCCUCUCUGACCCAGGUCGUCUACCUCCCGGAACCACACUGAUUCACACACGAGGUAGCUAGGAUGUGUGUAUCCAGUGUCCAAUCCCAAACCAUCUUGUUUUGUUCGUGAUCUCAUUCUAGCUUGGAAGCUUUGGUGGCUGUCUGUCAAUCACUGUAGCAUAAAAGGCAAAGUUAGCAGCCCGUAGAUGAGCCAUCCCCAUUUGUUAAAUGCUAUCUGUAAAUUACAGUGGGUUCUGUUUUUUU